AUGUGCUUACCAAGAUCUACAACGCACGACAUUCCGAAGUGGUUGGUGCUUGCUUUAGAGUCGGGCUUGAGGCCUAGCUCGUUUGCAGCGACGGGUGUUCUUGUCGGGGUGCGUUCGUUGCCUUUCCAAGCGUCGACGGUGACAACGUAUGCCCAGCACGUACCAGAAGCACGUCGUCGUGUGUGUCUCUCGAUGGACCACGACUUUUGGGUUGGCUUGGUGAACGUCCGUCGUUGUCGUUCUCGUUGUCUGCAGCGCAGCGCUCCCUUCGCGUUGACUUUGGCUUCGUGGUGCCUAUCCAUGGAAGCAGCGGUUCUCCAGAGCUGGUGUGUAUGCGGCUUUGGAAGCAUAUCUCGUUACGCUCAGAGUAGUGAAUUCUGGGCUGCAUGCACCAGCACGCGCAAUUGUUGCUGUCUGCGUUAUCGCAGGUAG